AGCCGGGCCGGGCCCCGGCGGGGCGGUCCGUGGGCGCCGGGCGAAGCGGCGUGAGCAGGGCUGUGGGGCUCGGGCGCUGCCGUGUUGCCGGUAGCCUGGCGGGGAGCCGGCCACCCCGCAGUGGCCCUGCGAGCGGCCGUGGGGCUCUGGUCGGUGCGUCGGCCUUGUGCCGGCUUACACCGAGCCCUGAAGAGGCCCGGGGGGUGGUUCUCCCCCCUCCCGGCGCUGCUGCGGCCGUGGGUGGGCAGCGUUGCUGAAACAUAAAGCUGAUUUCCUUUUUCCAAAAGGAAGAAGUUUUGGUAUAACAGCCCUACCCUGGGAUCUAAAAUGAUGUAUAAACCAACCCAGUUGACCUCUAUAAUAAAAGAUGACCAGACAAAAACUAGGAAAGAAGAUAACAUACGCCUCAGAGUUUUGAAUAAUCUUAUUCAUAAAGCUGUGACAGAGAUGAUGAGGACCAGUGAAGUUAAUCAAGAACUUUAUGAUCUCAAGCUGGAAAUCUGCAAGGUGUCCCUGGCCUCAAACUUUUCAGCAUGUCGUUUGUACUGGAAUCCUUCUGCUACUAUGGAGAAACAAAGUUAUGUUGAAAGUGUACUAAAGAGGAGUGCUCCACGAAUACGGUAUCUUCUGAUGAGUCAGCAGAUUGUAGGAAAUGUACCCCCGGUACUAUUUGUAAAAGAUAAAGAAACUGCAGCUGUAAAAGAGAUUGAGGAAUUGUUGUCAGUUGCUGAUUUUGGACCUCCAGAAGAAGAAGAAACAUCUCAAAAUCAUUCCAGUGAAGUGUUGUCUUCAGCAACUCAAUCUCCAGAGUCACCCAUGCGGUCUAAUCUUUUUGGUAUUGAUCAUGAACUGCUGAAUAAGCAGAUAAUGGACUACAAAAGAUCGAAAGUGUCAAGAGAUAGAGAAAGCAUUCCCUGGACAGAAGAGCAAGAGGAGCAGCUGUCUAAGAUUCAAAGGAAAGCUAAAAACAAGAAAACAAGGUAUCCUCCUGAUGAUGACGACAUUACACCACAGAAAUACUUACUGCACAGAUAUGAAACUGAUUACUCGGAUGAUAAUGCUGAAUCAGUCUUGGACUAUGAGCUGGAGGAUGAAUUAGAGGAAGAGGUAAAUGAAUUGGAGGCGGAUGAUGGUAGAAGUCUAAGUCAGCCCACGGAUAAACUGAAAUGAAGUGAAAAAGCCACUCCCUUUAAAAUGGAGGCUGCCAAUAGCAAAAAAAAAAAAAAAGGACUGCCAUAGGUACCGAAAGGUUUGUUUUGUACAGCCUGUUUACCACUUCAUCUUUUCAGAUAGGUUUUCCACACAUGGCGGGGUUUGCUAGCACAAGAUGUGUAAGAAAACCAAAAAUGCUAUUUGUAACAUUCUGUUAAGCAGCUUUCAAGCUGCUACAGUUGUAGGACUUUCAACCAGAGAGCAGUUUUGUAAUAACAAGAUACAUAGUGCAGCCCUGAGUUAAAACUCCUUGCAGUUCUGUUGAUUAUUUCCAG